AUGGCAGGCAAGGACACAUCAGCAGAAAAUAUUGAAGGUUCUGUUGUUAAAGACAACACUAUUGUCAGUAUGGGAAUGAAAAUCAACCCUGCUCACGGCACGAUCAUCCAAGUUUCCUCCGGACAACAGACAAAUGUCUCAGCUCAACCAGGAGUUGGCCAGGAAGCUACGGGAAUGUACAUAAGACAAAUAGACCGAAACUCAAUUCAAAUACAAACCAACAAAGACGGGCAGAAACAAGACUUGAGCAAGAUCCAAAAUACUGCUCAGAAUGUUCAAAUGAUCACGAUGCCUUCUGGCAUGACAGUGUUACAGAACCCUCUUAAUUUAAGCCAAAUGCCUAUGCUCGGUCAACCCAAUAGCCAAGUAUAUAUGAUACCGGCAAAUCAUCCGAGUCUAGUUCAAAGCGGGUUACCUUCUGGACUAAUCGGACAGCAAGUAUUGCAAUCUGGUCAAAACGUUACUGUAAUGCAGCCUAACCAGUUGGGCAUGCCAGGUGGAGUUCAGUAUAACAUGCCAUUGAUGCCAAUGAACAUGCCAACUUCAUCACAAUAUAUGCCUACUGGAAUAAACCUGAAUACGCAGCUAUCAGCGCAGCAGCUAAAUGCAGCUUUAGCAGGACACCAACUAAACCCCAACUUGGGUAGUAUACCCAUAGUCCAAGCACCCCCUCCCUCUUCUCCAAUGACUAAUCCAGGUCAGACAAUCCCUAUCUCACAACCCCCACCACUGCCUCAGUUACUACCUAAUUCCUUCUUAACCCCUACAUCACAAUAUGCUGGAAUGCCGCAACAAUAUAUGAUGCAAGGCAACUCGGGAACAAUCACUGUUCCCACUAAUGCUAAUGUCCAAUACAGUAUACCAGCUAGUCAGAAUAGUUCAAACAACGGUACAACACAAGCUGCUUCAACAGACACAGAAACUAAUGGAGCUAACAACCAAACUAACUAUAUUACGUCGUCAUCACAAGAAAAUGGUUACUCAAUAACGGGCACUGUUCAAAACCAGCAGACUUUUACGCCAGAAAAUGGCACAACGCCGCCUACUGCAGGAUUUACACCUGCCAACCAGACUGUGACACCUACAUAUUCUUCUAAUGGCAGUCAGAAUACAGCUUACAACGUCAGUCAAACAACCACAACACAACCACCUCCCACUUACAACCCAACAAACGGAUCGAGCCAAACAACCAACCAGAAUUAUCCAUCAUCAAAUACGCCCAGCUCGCAAAAUUCUCAAACUGGUUUCUCCCCAUCAACAACCCCAGCCCCCAAUCAGUCAUAUCCGACACAAAAUAUGCCGAAUAUGCCAAAUCUCGCGUUCCCGCCUAGUCAGAACCCACAAAACCCUUACCCAAAUGCUACUGGACAGAAUUUGGCCGCUUACGCCAGUAAUCAAUAUCAGUACACAAGUAGACCAUGGUUCAGACCGCGGUACGGGUCUCCGCAAGGGUCCCCGUACAGUUCAGGAGCUGGUCCCCCUCCAAACGGACCUCCGAUGCCAGUUCCACCGCCUUCUGGAAACUACAAUUAUUGGCCGGACAGCUGA